AUGCUUAGGUCUCUGAUUCGGACACGAUCACAGGCAUCAUCUUCAGUCGUCACGAUGUCUUCAAUUACUCAGAGAGGAAACAAAAGGCUUUUGUCUGAAACUGCUGGUUCACAUUCAAGAGACAAGAAGAUAUUGGUUUUGGGAGGAAAUGGUUAUGUGGGGUCACACAUAUGUAAGGAGGCACUUAGACAAGGUUUCGCCGUAUCUAGUCUUAGCAGGUCUGGAAGAUCUUCUCUGCAUGAUUCAUGGGUUGAAGAUGUAACCUGGCAUCAAGGUGAUUUGCUCUCACCUGAUUCUCUGAAGCCUGCACUAGAAGGAGUUACAUCUGUGAUUUCAUGCGUUGGUGGUUUCGGUUCCAACUCACACAUGGUCAAGAUCAACGGAACUGCAAACAUUAAUGCCGUUAAAGCUGCAGCAGAACAAGGUGUGGAGAGAUUUGUGUAUAUAUCAGCUGCGGAUUUUGGUGUCAUAAAUUACUUGAUUCGAGGUUAUUUCCAAGGCAAGAGAGAAACUGAAGCUGAGGUUUUGGAUAAAUUCGGAAACAGAGGAUCGGUUCUAAGACCAGGAUUCAUACACGGGACUCGUCAGGUCGGUAGCAUAAAGCUGCCUCUUAGUCUCAUUGGAGCUCCUCUCGAAAUGGUUUUGAAGCUGUUCCCGAAAGAAGUGACGAAAAUUCUUGUGAUCGGACCGCUUCUAAUACCACCGGUCAAUGUUAAAUCCGUUGCAGCAACUGCGGUUAAAGCUGCGGUCGAUCAGGAUUUCGCUUCUGGAGUCAUCGAUGUGUACCAGAUUCUUCAACAAGGCCACUGA